AUGUCUAGUGCUGCUGAACGUCUCGCUGCUGUCGCCCGUCACCUCGCUGAGGGGCCAGGCGGGGGCAUCAAGACCAUCGUCGUGUUCGGCGCUGGCCUAAUGGGAGCUGGUAUCGUCCAGAUCGCGGCCCAGGCCGGUUACACUGUGCACAUGGUCGACGUGAACGACAAGGCCAUUAACAACGGCCUUGACAUCAUCAAGAAGUCGGCGGCACGCAUCGCCAAGAAGAUCGCGCCAAAGAACAUGGACGAGUUUGUCGCCUACGUCAUGAGCAACAUCAAGACAUUUACCGACCGCAACAAGGCUGUCGAGGGUGCGGACCUCGUCAUUGAGGCGAUCAUCGAGAACCUCAAGAUCAAGCAGGAGCUCUUCGACUUCCUCGACAAGAAUACCAAGCCCGAGUGCAUCCUGGCUUCCAACACUUCUUCACUCCUCCUCUCUGACAUUUUCGAGCACCUUCCCGAGAAGCGCAAGGCCGUGCUCUGCGGACUUCACUAUUUCAACCCGGUUCCAGUUAUGCGGCUGGUCGAGGUCAUCCGCACUGAUCAAACGACCGAGGAGACGAUCAAGAUUGUCUACGACGUCAACAAGAAGAUGGGCAAGACAGCGGUGCUUGCAAAGGACAGGCCGGGGUUCAUUGUCAACCGCCUCCUUGCUGCGUACAACCGCGAGGCGUUCAAGAUGGUGGAGCGCGGCGACGCCACUUUUGAGGACAUUGACACUGCCAUGAAGCUCGGCGCCGGCUACCCCAUGGGUCCAUUCGAGCUGGCCGACUACACCGGCCUCGACCUCAACCUCUUCAUUGCCAAGGGCUGGAUCGAGUACAACAAGCGCGGCCUCGUGCCCGACUACCUUGUCGGCGAGUCCAAGCUGGUGCGCUCCAUGGUCGAACAGGGGCGGACGGGCCGCAAGUCUGGGAGGGGCUUUUACGAGUACAAGGACGGCAAGAAGGUCAAGAAGGGCAACUAG